AUGUCAAACCUCAAGGUUCUGAUCGUUGGCGCCUCCAUCGCCGGUCCAACUGCAGCCUACUGGUUUGCCAGGGCGGGAGCGCAGGUGACCAUCAUCGAACGCUUCCCACAGCUACGGACAGCUGGCCAAGGCAUUGACAUCCGCUCGGUAGGCAUCACGGUCAUGCGCAAGAUGCCCGGCAUGGAAGCCGCCGUCAGGGCAAGAUGUAUGCACAUGGAUGGCAUCAGCUUCGUCCGAGGCGAUGGCAAGGCCUUCGCAACGAUGACUGCUUCCAAGGAUUCCAAGAGUCAGACCCUCGUGUCGGAAUUCGAGAUUCUGCGCGGCGACCUGGCUCAGGUACUUUUCGACUUGACGAAAAACGACGACAGGAUCAAGUAUGUCUUUGGCGAGCAAGUUGCUUCGAUGGCACAAACGGGGAAUGGACCGAUCGCAGUGCGCUUCGCCAACAAUAAAUUGCCCACUGCGGACUACGAUCUUGUUGUCGCCUGUGACGGAGCAACCUCGCGAACUCGGGCCAUGGGGCUGGAAUGCGGCGUCAGGGAUCACAUCAAGUCCACCAACAGCUGGGCAGCAUACUUCACCAUCGAGGAGGACCUACUGAAGGGCAGCAAGCUAUCUCAAUUGUACAGCGCGCCUGGCGGACGCUUCCUUGCCCUCGGGCCCGAUCCCAACGGUGCGACUCGAGCUGGGCUCAUGGGUAUUGGUACCAGCCAGGUCGAUGCCACGCAAGCAUUCCGGGAAGCUCAAAGACAAGGCCCGGAAGCGCUCAAAAAUUACAUGGCCCGGUAUUUUGCAGGCUCGGGCUGGCGCAGCGAGGAAAUCAUCGCCGCCAUGAUGGAGGCAGAAGACUUCUACGCCUCCGAGAUUGUGCAGGUCAAAGCGCCGAGCCUGUCCAAGGGUCGCUUCGUCAUGGUCGGCGAUGCAGGCUACAGCCCUUGCAACUUCAGCGGCGCGGGCACCAGUCUGGCACUGGCCGGAGGAUAUCUGCUAGCUGGCGAGAUUUUCAGACACAGGGGCGAUAUCCCCGCCGGCUUGCAAGCGUACGAGGAGCGAAUGGCGCCGAUGAUCAAAGAUUUCCAGCAACUGGCCCCCGGCGUUCCGGCCAUCAUCGCUCCGCAGACUGCAUGGGGUAUUCAGCUGCGAGACAUGUUUUUGAUUGUCUUUGCCUGGAUCACGGCCUUGGGCAAGCACUUCGCGUGGGUUGGUGGACUGUUUGCGAGCUCUUUGGGGGAGGAUAAGUAUGGAAUACCGGAAUACGACUGGCCAAAUGGGGGGUAG